UUUUAUGGGGGGGGCGGUUUUAGUUGUGUUCUGGUGUUUUGUGUUGUUUCUUUUGUUUUUGUGUUAACUUUUGUUUGUUUUAUGAUUUUUGUUUUGCCUAUGUUUUACGGUAUCUAUGAGUUAAUAUAAUUUACUUUUGCUUUAAUAAAUUUAACAGAAUCUCAUUUUUCUUUUUUGUUUAAAAUUUUUCCAUGACAACAUUGUUUGCUGGGAAAAUUUGGAAUUUUUUGGAUGUGCCAUUUUGCAUAUUAAAAAAAAAAUUUUAACAAGUUGAAUUGGGAUUGGCAUUCCAGUAUUUGUGGGUGUAUGUAAAUUAUAUGUACCUAUGUAUUUUUGUUUUAUUUAUUUAUGUUUUUGGAGGAUACCACACGCAUUUUAAUUUUAUGUUUUUCUGAUUUUCUCUAACUUGAUUUAUUAAAAUCAGAAUUUUUAAUUGUUUUUAGGAUCUCUGUUUUUCUGGUUUUAUUAGGUUUGUUUUUCUGCGAUGUUUUUCUGAUUUGUUUUUGCUGUGUUUUUCUGGGAUGUUUUUCUGUUGCAUGUUUUUCUGAUUUGUUUUUGCUAUGUUUUUCUGGGAUGUUUUUCUUUUCUCUAAUGCAUGUUUUUCUGAUUUUUCUAACAAUGUUUGUUUUUUGAUUGUUUUUCUGUUUUAUUUUUCCUUUUCCUUAUUUACUGUUUCUCUUUGAUUUGUUUGCUGUUGUUUAUUUUCUCUGAACAAAGUUCAUUUUCUCUGACCUUCCCAGAAAAAUCAAUAAAUUCAAAUUAAUUAGUACUCUAUUAACUAAUUAAAUUAUUCUUUUUACUCUUUGCUUAUUUAAACCCAAUAUUCUUUUUUAAAAUUCCUUCUUCCUUCCUCUUUCCUUUUUCAUUAAAAAUUCACAGCACCCUCGGGAAGAGAAUUGGUUUUCACAAAACAAAAAGUUAAUCCUUCCCUCAUUUUUCUUUUAACUAGUAAAUUGUAUACUCAAAAAUUGGCCAAUUUAUUAUUUUAAAUAAUUCUCUCCCCUAUUCUUUUCCCGCAUAUUUAACUAUUUAAGGUAUUUAACUAUUUAUUUUGACUAAUUGAUUUUAGCUUUUUGCCCCUUUAAAUACUUAAUAUUGUUUUGUGUUCUGUUUAGUUUAUUGUUUUCUUGUUUUAAUUUAAUUCUGAUUUUCUUUUUUGAUAUUUUCUUGUUUUAAUUUUAUUCUGAUUUUCUGUUUUGUUAUUUUCGGUGUUUUAAUUUUAUUCUGAUUUUCUGUUUUGAUGUUUUAAUUUUAUUCUGAUUCUGUGAUCUUUUCUUGUUUUAAUUUUAUUCUGAUUUGUUUCUAAUUUUUCUUUUGUGUGUUUGUUAUGUAUGUUUUGAUGUUUUUACAAAAUCAGAAUUUCCCUAUGUUUUUUAUUUAUUCUGAUUUGUUUUUCUUUUUGCUGUGUUUGUUUUUUUUCUGUUUUUGCUCUUUCUUUUUUAAAAAUAUUUAAAUUUAGCUAGCUAAUCCCUUUUAUCUUUAUUUAAUUCUUUUAUUUUUUAUUAGCUCUAAAUUGAAAAAUAAGAAAUUGGGGAUUAAUUUUAUGAAGCCCCUAAACGUGAGGGGAUCACAUUUCAUUUUAAUUCAAAUUGUUUUAGGAAAUGAAAGAUUGUUUGGGAGAAUUUUAUAAAGCUAAAGUGAAGCUACUAAAUUUAAUUAAUUUUUUAAAUUAUUUUUCGACUUUGGUUACUUGUUUUGAUUUUAUUCUGGUUUCUGGUAAUUGUGCUUUGGUUGUGAAAUAUUUUUGUGUUUUUCUGAUUUUUAAUUCUGAUUUUUGUGUUUCUGUUUUAUAAUUCUGGUUUGUGUGUUUCUGUUUUAUUUAUUAUGUAUUUUUUUUGGUUUGUAUUUUUUAAUGUUUUGAUUUUAUUCUGAUCUGUUUGUUUGUGUUUCUGAUUUUUUAUUUUGAUUCUGGUCUGUUUGUUUGUGAUUCUGAUUUGUUUUAAUUUAAU